CAGGUGUUUGCAGCUGGCAGGCCGAGCCACCGGCAAUGUGAUGUUGUUUCUUUCGUUGUUGGAGAGGAGCGAUCUGUACGCAUCAAUCCAUAGAAAAGUGACUAACGGUUUGGCCCGUCCACCUAUAUAUAGACUUCCACCCAGUGGCGGAGCCACUUGGAGAGGAGGGGGUGCUUUGCACCCCCUUUGGGUUUGGAGAAUUUUUUUUCGAGUAGGGGUAUAUACAAAUUCGAACCAAUGAUCAUUCAGUUGCAGGAAGAAUUUCUUAUCAUUUCGAUCUAGUGAGUUUUGUUAUGUAAUGCACUUUCGUCUUUAUUUAUAGUAAUAAAUUGUUGUCUUUUGUUUAAACUCGCUCUUUUUUUUUUGUAGCUCUACAACAGAGAAAUUUCUUGUCUUUUGUUUAAACAAAGUUGAAAGUGAAGAAGUACCAAUUGAAGUUCACUUGUUUGUUUCACAAAAUCAAUUCCAAAGUACUUCUGAGUUCUAAUUUGUAAUAUUUGAUGAAUGGAAGUCUUGAUUUGUAUGUACUGAACUUAUUUGUUUGACGUUGUAACCGGUGUACGUGAAACUAUUUUAAUGUAAUUGUGUGAAUUUAGAGUAUUGCGUUGUUGACUUUUUGUUUAAUUUAAAGUUGACUUUUCUAUUGUAUAGGCGAUUUUUUAUGAUAUGAUAAAGACACCCCUUGGCCAAUUUCCUGGCUCCGCCACUGCUUCCGCCCAUCAGGACCAUCAUCGCCAUUAAUGUCGGCAAGAAGCAGGUAAAGUUAAUGGGACCAGAUUUAUUGGGGUCGAGUUUAUUGUAGUCUAGAUUGUUGUUAUAUUUUAAACCAAUAGCCGAAAUUAGUUUAUUAAUGGUUUUUUAUUAACAUUUUGAAAAAAAUUAAUUAUAUGUAAUAUAUUAUUAUUAAUGUUUGUGGAAAAAUAUUAAUUAUAUACAUUAAUAUGAACAUUUUGAAAAGAAUUAUUAUGAUAUAAAUGUUGUUGAAGUUUUUGGAAAAUAUAUUAUAAAUUAUAUAAAAUAAAUUUAUGGACACUUUCAAUGGAAUUAUUAAUGACAUAAAAUUUCGUUAUUAAUUUUUUUGAAAUGAAUUAAUAUGAUACAAUAACAUUAUUAAAAUUUUCAAAUAAAUUAGUGAUAACAUACAAGAAUCUUAAGAAUGUUUGUGAAUGAAAUUAUUGAUGGAAUACAAUAUCGUUAUUAACAUUUGACUAAAAUUUAAUUAUAUAAAAUAUCAUUAUUAACAUUUUUGGAAAGAACUAUUAAUUUUAUAUAAAUAUCAUUAUAAAAUUUUGAAAGAAUAAUUAACGAUAUUAAAUUUUUUAUUAAAAUUUGUAAAAAUAAUAAUUGGUAGUACAAAAUACCAUUAGUAAUAUUUUGAAAUGAAUAUAAAUGAUAUAUAAUUUUGUUAUUAAUUUUUGUGAAAAUAAUAAUCAAUAGUGUACAAUAAUGGUAUUAACGUUGGUGGAAUGAACUGUUAGUUGUAAUCAAUAAUAUAAAUUCUUUGAAACCUCACAAAACUGAAACGGCAUAUUAGGUCAACCUAAUCCUAUAUAGGUCGAUCUAAAAGUACAGAUUAGGUCGACCUAAUUCUAUAUAAGGUCGCCCUUAAAGUGCACAUGUAUGUCACCGUAGCAAAGUCCUAUCAUUGGGGGUUCAAGUGAGGAUGAAAGAGAUGACGAUUCAACACCUUUUGAACUGGUCACGCGAAAGGAAGCACAUAAAGCCGCAUCGACUCUUCAAAAAUACGUGAUGCAAUAGGAGAAGACAACACCGUAUACUUUGAGUGCAAUGAGGAAAGUUCAAGAUGAACUUCUAUUAGACUUUAACUUAAAGAAUAAACAAACAACUAUAUAUUCAUAUUUUUCUUGAUUAUCCUAGCUAUAUUAUAAAUUUGUAGAUUAAUUGUAUUUUUAUAAUUAUUAUUUUAUAGAGUUAAAAAUAUAUGUAUUUAUGUAUGUUGGUUUUCAAAAAUCAUUAUCUUAUUAUUUUCUUAAAUUAUCUCAUUUUUACAAGUCGGGAUCGGGGAAAUUAUUUGUUUAUACUAGGUUAUUAAUUUAUCAAUUAUUAAUUUAAAAAGGUUAUUCUGUAUUUGGGCACUCAUUGUAGGAGAAGGUCAAUGUCUACUCAUUGGAAAUCAAUUAUUUAUACUAAAUUGUCUAAUCGGAUGUUUUUAGAUUUUACAAUGCUGCAAUUUAGAAACCAAUCAUGUAUAUAUAAUUGUCCAAUAUGGUGCAUUUAUAACUUAGAUGUCAAAAUGAAGGAAAGUUUAUCACUUCCUUCAUAGACAAAAGGUAGCAUCUUUGUGCGUAUGAAUUCUUUACAAGCUAAUAGUAUUUUAUUUUUUUUAUAAUGCAGGUUAUGAUUUGAUUUUUAUUACAGAACUUUCUAGGCAUUGUUGCAGCCUGCAAUGUCAGGGUUGGUGGUUUCUCAUGUUAUAUCUAUCGUGGUUCGACUUUUAUCUACUCAGGCAUCACAUAUACCUAACACAACAUCUGCAGUCUCUAAAAGAAAACUACAUCUGCAGUGGCUUGUAAGGGAAACAAAUAUCGGAUCAGAGCUCGUGAAUGGAAGGUGGAUCUGUACUCCUCCUUCUUUCUUCUCGUGGCCGCGGUUCACCUGCUCUGCCUCUAGGGACGACGACGACGACGGUGGAUGGACGGGAAAGAGGAAGGAGGGAGCCAGGGAGGCAGUCAGGCAGAGGUGUGAUGCGACAAGGAAGGGAGCUGGGCGGAGGUGAGGAAGGGAACUGAGGGAGAAGGAUUAGCCGAUUAGGUUUUCAAAUUGGGGGUUAAAAGGUUUGGUUUGUCAUUUUGGGGGAAGGGGGGAGGGCGAAUCUUAGGGUUGCUCAGUUUGGGUCCGUUCUCCGGGUAACUGCAGUUAAUCAUCGUCAGUUACCCAGUUACUCGGAUCCUCUCUUUGCCCUCCGAGCACCGAGCGAAGACACUUUGGUCUCAGUUUUUGGUUUUCGAUUAUAACCAACAAUUACUUGUUAACCAAAAAUCGAAUGGCCACCCCUAGUAUUGAGGUGCCGAUUGAGACGUUUUUUGGGGUUCCAAUGUGAAGGAAAUUCGUGUACUUUUUCUCUAUAAAUAAAAUUAGAACAU